UGAUGACCUACAUUUAAGUCCCAAAACUAAUUUAUAACCUCAGUUAGCAGCAAUUGCUAGUCCUUAGUAGCUUCUUUAGGUCUUUUAGAGCUUGUGUAAAUAGUUCGUAGUUUGUAUUUUUCAAUUAAUUUGUUUUAACGCCAUGUUAAGGGCCAGUAACCGCACGCUUUGCACUUUAGUGCGGAUUUUAAACGGGGCCAAGCCGGGGUGUAUUGAAUUUAAUAUAGUGCGGGCUUAUGUUGGCACGGGAAAUGUGACUAUUGGGGAAAUAGCGAAAGCAACCGAAAAAGCCAAGAAGGAAGAGUAUGUGCCAAGGCUUUAUUAUAAAGACAAUUUACCACAAACGACCACUCAUCAUCUGAGAUGGAUUAUGCAGAAAGACAUUUUGGGUCAGGAUGUCUUCCUGAUCGGCCCGCCAGGGCCCAGAAAGAGAAUUCUGGCCAUGCAGUACAUUGAGCUGACAAAUAGAGAACACGAAUACGUUGCCCUGAGUCGCGACACCACUGAGAGCGAUCUUAAGCAGAGGAGGGAGAUUGUUGGAGGAACCGCCAAAUACUUUGAUCAGAGCGCUGUAAAGGCUGCGAUUGAGGGCAGGAUUUUGGUGCUGGAGGGAGUGGAAAAGGCCGAGAGAAAUGUGCUGCCGGUACUGAACAAUUUGCUGGAAAAUCGGGAAAUGCAUCUUGAAGAUGGCCGGUUACUCAUUCCGGCUGACCGAUAUGAUAAGCUACUGGAGGAGCAUGGUGAAAAGGAGCUGGAGAAAUGGAAACUGGUUAGAGUGGAUGAAAACUUCCGCGUCAUUGCCUUGGGACUGCCCGUUCCGAAGUACCGAGGAAACCCUUUAGAUCCACCUUUGAGGUCGCGGUUUCAAGCUCGGGACGUUUCAAGUUACACCUACCAGGAAUGGCAAAUAGAACUUACUGGGCAAGUUGAGGAGUCGUCCAGGAAAAAAAUUGACGAGCUCCUAUCCUGUGCCUUUGCUCUGCUGAAUAAGGAAUCGAAAUUUCUGGAACUGCCGGAUUUUCCCGUAGACAACCUGCCAAUAGCUGCACAAAUAUUGAGUAAAAACCCCGAUGUUUCAACUUACGAGCUCUUAAAUCGCCUUUACCCCUACAAAGCCUUCAUCUCAAGUGGUACUUCCAACGUAGAAGCUCUGCUUGGAACCUUUAUAGGUAUUCCAGAACAACCGACGGAAAGUAAAAGCAUUAGCUCAAGGUUCAAAGAGUUUCUGCAGCCAAAACCAUCUGGGAUCGCAAAUAAAUGGGACGAAUACGUUGAAACCGACUACCAAAACAGCGUUCUGUCCAGUAUGCUCGAAACAGUGGAAGUAUCCGACUUUUGCUUGAUAGGAUCCAGCGGAUCAGGCAAAACCAUGUUGCUGAAACAGAUGGCAACCGCUCUAAAUCGCCCAAUGGAGAACAUAGUUCUGUAUCAGGACAUGACGGCGCGCGACCUGAUCCAGCAAAGAACCACCCUGGAAAAGGGCGACACUGUCUGGAGCUUCUCCCCACUGAUCCAGGCAGCUUUAGAAGGAAAAAUCGCCGUUCUGGAUGGAAUUAACCGCAUCCACCCCAGCACCCUUUCAGUGUUACACAGAUUGGUGCAUGAUAGAGACCUGCAGCUCUACGACGGAAAGCGUCUGAUGGGCUUCGAUCGAUACAAUUUUCUUGUGGAUAAGCUGGGAUUAUCCAAAGAGCAGCUCGGGCAGAGCGGGAUUUUCCCGAUCCAUCCAGAGUUUCGCAUCGUCGCCGUCGGUGAGCCUCCAAACGCCCAGUCCAAAGAGGGAAGCUGGAUGUCGCCCGAAAUUCUCAGCCUGUUUCUGUUCCAUCAGCUGCGCACUUUGAGCAAGCUGGAGGAAAUGCACGUGAUCACAGCCAAGUUGGGGCCCAUUGAUAAGUCCUUGCAUCAAAUCAUCAAUCUGGCUCAUUUGCUUCGGGAAAACCAAGACCAAUCCUUGAAGAACUUGGCCGGCCAUCUAUCCACUAGGCAACUGAUCAGAAUAGCGGCCAGAAUCAAGCAGUUUCCUACUGCAAACGUUUAUGGCAUCCUCGAGGACACUUUUAUGAUCAAAUUUCUGCCCUCCAUCACAAGAAAGUCGCUGGAUAAACUAAUUGGGAGCGUAGGCAUUCCACCUCAGGACGAUUUGAACCGCGAAGCUUCCAGUGUUAGAUGCCAGGUUGCAGACGGUGUUCUCACAAUAGGCGAUACUUCAGUGAAAGUGUUCCAAACAGAUCACCCCACUAAAGUUCCCAAAGUUCUCUUCUACGACAUUCCUCAGCAUGUGCAGCUAAUGGAAAAGCUGCUGCAAGACUUCCAGCUUGGCUACCACUUGCUUCUGGUUGGGAACCAAGGGGUGGGCAAGAACAAGAUAAUUGACCGAUUUUUGGAGCUCCUCAAUCGGCCAAGGGAAUACAUCCAACUGCACAGGGAUACGACGGUGCAAACUCUCACCACUCAACCCACUGUUAAGGACGGCGUUCUAAUCUACGAAGAUUCGCCUUUGGUUAAGGCCAUUAAGAAUGGGCAUGUUUUGGUGGUGGAUGAAGCUGAUAAGGCGCCUACUCAUGUAACGUGCAUAUUGAAAACCCUUGUCGAGUCAGGCCAGAUGAUUCUUAGCGAUGGUAGAAGAAUUUCCCAACAACCCCCAGAGGAAGCUGCUGGCAAGGAAACCUGCAUAAAAAUCCACAAGGAUUUCCGCAUGAUUGUCCUGGCGAAUCGUCCAGGAUUUCCGUUUCUUGGAAACGACUUCUUCGGCGCUCUGGGCGACCUGUUUAGCAGCAGAGCAGUCGAAAACCCGUCAGUUGAGUCGGAAAUCGAGCUGCUAAAGCAGUACGGGCCGGAGGUGCCAACUAAAACCAUCCGGAAGUUGGUGGAUAUUUUUGGAGACCUCAGACUUAUGGCCGAUCAGGGGCUGUUAAACUACCCCUACUCGACUAGGGAGGUUGUCAAUAUAAUCAAACACUUACAGAAAUUUCCCACCGCCGAUGUAGAAGAUGUGGUUUUCAAUGUGUUCGACUUCGAUAGAUACAGUCCAGAAUUGCUGGAAACUUUAGGCGAGGUGUUGCAGAAGCAUGGCUUUUCCAAAAACGCCAUGUCUUCCGAGUACAUUGCCUCCAAACGAGCCAGAGAAAAUAUCCAGGUGACUGUGAACAGAACUAGUGGGUUGGAUGUGUCCGCUCCAAAGCAUGGCAAAGAGGACCCCAAGAACGAUCCCCAUGUGGGAGGAAACACUUGGGCAGGUGGUACCGGAGGGCGAGACACUGCCGGCUUAGGAGGCAAAGGUGGGCCGUAUAGGCUGGACAAGGGCCACAAAGUCCACCAGCUUUCAGAUGAGGAGAAAGCAGAUAUUCCGGAACACGUGAAGAAAGCCGCCAGGGAAAUGAACCGCAAGGUCUUCGCUGAGCGGCUGAAGGAAAUCGGGAUGUCUGGAUACGAUCACAACGUUUAUUCGCAAUUUUCCGGAGCAGUAGCCAGGCAGGUGCAGUCGCUCCGGGUGAUUUUGGGAAAUUUGCAGGCCAAAAACAAGGAGCGCAACUGGUUCCGGCAUCAAACCUCAGGGGAAUUAGACGAUGUUAAGCUGAUUGAUGGGCUGUUGGGCGAGAAAACCAUCUACAAAAGACGAUCAGAACAAGAUCCCGAAAUAGGCUCGCCUCAAGUUAAGCCCAAAUAUCUCAGAGUGCUAGUGGAUGUAUCAGGAAGCAUGUACAGAUUUAAUGGCUACGAUGGUAGAUUGGACAGAGAGCUGGAAGCUGUUGUUCUCGUGAUGGAAGCCUUUGAAGGUUUCGAAGACAAAAUCAAGUUCGACAUCAUCGGCCACUCGGGCGAAGAGCAUAACAUUGUCUUUGUUGCACGCAAUAAUCCCCCGAAGAACAAUAAGGAGCGCCUAGAAGUCAUCAGGACUAUGCACGCCCAUUCCCAAUUCUGCUGGUCAGGCGAUAAUACUCUGGAAGCCACAAAAUGGGCGGUGAACAGUCUGGCCGAAGAAGAUUGCGAUGAAGCAAUUUUGGUUUUACUAUCAGACGCCAACUUGCAACGAUACGGAAUCCCGCCGUCCAAACUUGCCGAAGCCUUGACGGUGAAACCUAAUGUUAGUUCGUAUGCGGUUUUCAUCGGAAGUCUUGGAGAUCAGGCUGAAAGAUUGACUCAGAAACUUCCAUCUGGACGGGCGUUUAUUUGCAACGAUACCAAAGAACUUCCUCAGAUUCUCAAGCAGAUAUUCUGGACCACUGUUAAUGUAUGAGUCCAAGUAAGGAUUUAGGAAUGGUACCAAAAGCCUAGCUGAGAUGAGGAACAUUUAAUACACUACUCUGAUUUAAAAUGUUAGAACUUCAUAAGAUCCGCACACCUAAACCCGUUUUUUGCAUAAACAAAUCAGCUUGAA